CUUAGAGACAAGGGGGCCCAAUAAGGCGAAGGAGAGGAGCGGGGUCUCGUCGAGCUCUCGCGGUAUUUCAGGAGAGGAGCCUGGGCGGGCCGCCUCAGAGGGUGUCUCUCCGCCGGCCAGGAGGGCGCCUUCCUCGGUGGGCUUCUCUCUCCGUGGAGGGUCGGGGGGGCAGGAAGAUGGACCCGGCCGGGACAGACCGCCUGUUCCAAAAUUUAAUUGAAACAUUGGAUGAAAACACAGACAAGAGGUUCUACAAUAUUGCUAAACUAGGAGGCACCAAAUACGAUAUCCUGCCUUAUUCCAUACGGGUUCUGUUGGAAGCUGCGGUCCGCAACUGUGAUGGCUUCCUUAUAAAAGAAGAAGAUGCUAUGAACAUUUUGAAUUGGAAAACAAAGCAGAACCAUGUUGAAGUGCCCUUCUGUCCUGCCAGAGUCCUCCUCCAAGACUUUACUGGAAUUCCUGCCAUGGUGGAUUUUGCUGCUAUGAGGGAAGCUGUGAAAAAUCUGGGAGGAGAUCCUACCAAAGUCCAUCCUGCCUGUCCGACAGAUCUCACCGUUGAUCAUUCUUUGCAGAUUGACUUCAAUAAAUGUGCAAUACAGAACACCCCAAAUCCCGGUGGUGGGGAUCCGCAGAAGCCGCCCUCCAAGCUCUCUCCCCUGAGAGCCCCUCGGAAGCCCUCUUGCCGAGGCCAGUCCAGUUGCAAGGGGCCCUGUGAUGGAGAACCAAGGCGGAACGCAGGACAACUCUCUGUGCAAAUCGAGAACACACCUCUUCUGUGUCCUUUUCAUCUUCAACCAGUGCCUGAGCCUGAAACAGUUUUAAAAAACCAGGAGAUAGAAUUUGGUAGAAAUAGAGAGAGACUCCAGUUUUUCAAGUGGGGCUCCAAAGUUUUUAGGAAUGUCUCUGUAAUCCCUCCUGGAACGGGAAUGGCACACCAAGUAAACCUGGAAUACUUGUCGAGGGUCGUAUUUGACGCUGAAGGCCUUCUUUAUCCAGACAGUGUCAUUGGCACCGAUUCUCAUACAACGAUGGUGAAUGGCUUGGGCAUCUUGGGAUGGGGAGUGGGAGGAAUUGAAACAGAAGCAGUCAUGCUGGGCUUGCCCGUCACCUUCACUUUGCCGGAGGUGGUUGGAUGUGAACUUACUGGCUCUGCCAGCCCGCUUGCCACAUCAAUAGAUGUGGUCCUGAGCAUUACAAAGCAACUGAGGCAAGCAGGGGUGUCUGGAAAAUUCGUGGAGUUUUUUGGUCCUGGCAUUUCCCAGCUCUCUAUAGGCGACCGAACCACAAUAGCCAAUAUGUGUCCAGAAUAUGGUGCUAUCUUGAGCUUUUUCCCUAUCGAUAAUGUGACACUGAAGCAUUUAAAGUAUACCGGUAUUGAUAAGACCCAACUUAAGUCCAUGGAAGCAUAUCUUAAAGCUGUGAAAUUGUUUCGAAAUGACCAACUUCCCACUGAAGAACCAGAAUAUUCCCAGAUUAUACACAUAAACCUGGAAUCAAUAACACCCUACGUAAGCGGCCCCAAAAGGCCACAGGACAGAGUGGCUGUGACGGGCAUGAAGGGGGAUUUCCAAGCAUGCCUCAAUGAAAAGGUUGGGUUUAAAGGCUUUCAGAUCCCGGCAGAGAAGCAAAACGACGUCGUCCCUGUGGAGUAUGAAGGAAACGAGUACAAGUUGGCGCACGGCUCUGUGGUCAUUGCGGCGGUGAUCAGCUGUACCAACAACUGCAAUCCAUCUGUGAUGCUAGGAGCAGGUUUGUUGGCCAAAAAGGCUGUUGAAGCUGGUCUGACCGUGAAACCUUACAUCCGAACUAGCCUGUCGCCCGGGAGCGGAAUGGUCACCCAGUAUCUCAGUUCCAGUGGCGUAUUGCCGUACCUUAACAAGCUCGGAUUUGAGGUCAUUGGCUAUGGAUGUUCCACAUGUGUUGGAAAUACCGCUCCGCUGCCAGAAACCAUUCAGAAUGCAAUUGUGCAGGGUGAUUUGGUGGCUUGUGGGGUUUUGUCCGGGAACAAGAACUUCGAAGGCCGCCUCUGCAGUUGCAUCCGUGCCAACUACCUUGCCUCCCCUCCUCUGGUUAUAGCGUAUGCUAUCGCAGGAACUGUGAAUAUCGAUUUCCAGACUGAGCCAUUAGGGGUCACUCCUGAUGGGAAAAGCAUCUUCCUCUACGAUAUUUGGCCUACGCGAGAAGAACUUCAACAAGUGGAGGAAGAGCUUGUCAUCGCGUCCAUGUUUAAAGAACUGAGGCAGAAAAUGGAGAAAGGAAAUAAGCUAUGGAACUCUUUGGAAGCGCCUGAGUCGGUUUUAUUUACAUGGGAUUCAAAGUCUACGUACAUCCGAUGUCCUUCGUUUUUUGAUAAGCUUGCCAAAGACCCUCGUCCGCCCCAGUCGAUUGAAAACGCACACGUUCUGUUGCACUUGGGGGAUUCUGUCACAACGGAUCACGUCUCGCCUGCCGGCAGCAUCGCAAGGGGCAGCGCCGCCGCCAGAUACUUGACCAAUAAAGGCCUCACUCCCCGUGAAUUCAAUUCGUAUGGUGCUCGGCGGGGCAAUGAUGCCGUGAUGACGAGAGGCACUUUUGCCAACAUCAAGCUUUUCAACAAAUUCAUUGGGAAACCGGCUCCGAAAACCAUCCACUUCCCAACUGGGCAGACGUUGGAUGUAUUUGAUGCGGCCGAGUUAUACCGGAAAGAGAACAUACCUCUGAUCAUCUUGGCUGGCCAGAAGUACGGACUGGGGAGCUCAAGAGAUUGGGCUGCAAAGGGGCCUUUUUUACUGGGUGUCAAGGCAGUUAUCGCCGAAAGCUACGAGAAGAUCCACAAAGGCCAUUUAAUUGGGAUGGGCAUUGCUCCGCUCCAGUUUCUUCAAGGCGAAAGCUCACAUGUUUUGGGCCUGACGGGCAAAGAGCAGUUUUCUAUCUCCUUUCCUCAAGAGUUAUCCCCUGGAAUCACGUUAGACGUAAAGACAAAUACAGGUAAAGUAUUCCGCGUUCUUGCCUCCUUUGACAAUGACGUCGAAGUGACGUUGUACCGACACGGCGGCGUUUUGAACUACAUGAUGCGGAGGCUGUUGUAGGGCCCCGUUUGCCCCUCUCUCCCUCCCUCCCUUCAUGGGCCGCGCGGGCCUCACCUGGUCGACGGAACUGUCCACAGUCCCACCGCGCUCGGGGGGCUUCGUCCAUGGAUGUACAAGAUUGUGAAUUGUUGUAGUGACUGCGGCAGGAAUCCUUCCGGAUUUUCAAAUAAUAUUCGAAUGGUGCUAUAUUGACAUUGCUUUAACAAAUAAUUGACGUGCGUGUCGUGACAAGAGAAAGCUGUAAGUAUAGGGAGGGAGGGCGGGCGGGGAGGGAGCGGGGUGUCCUGGACCGUUUUGUAAAUAAAGGAUGUCAAACCCUGGACGUGAAUUCUGGAGAA